AUGAAACUUUAUAGUACUUUUGUUAUUUGUUUUAUUAUUUUAAAAGUAUGUUUAAGUAAAAACAUAAAUUUAAACGAUGAAGGGAAAAAGAAACAAAGCGACAUAAUAAAUGAAAAUGAGGAGGGAAAAAAUAAUAAAAGCAAUAAUAAUAAAAAAGUUCAACAUAAUAAAAUGAAUCGUAAAGGAAAUAAUAGUGUAAGUAAAAAAACUGAUGAACAUAAAAAUGAUGGUGAUGGGAAAAAUAAAAAAAUGGAUGAACGUAAAAAUGAUGUUGAUGGGAAAAAUAAAAAAAUGGAUGAACAUAAAAAUGAUGUUGAUGGUGAACACAAAAAUGAUGUUGAUGGGGAAAAAAAUAAUAUUCUUGAAUAUAAUAACAUUGAUGAACAUAAUGAAUUUCCAGAAAGCUUAGAAAACGAUAAUUUUUAUGAUAAACUUUUCGAUGAUGUUGAAUUAAGGGAUAUUAUUCAUAAUGAGAAAUUUUUUGAGAAUGUAAAAAAUGUGAAUAAUAACGAUGUAGAUAAUUUUUUAUUAGUCGAUAAAGAAAUGGAAAGAAGAAAGGAAGAGGAAAAAAAAAAAAGUAGAAAAUUAGAAGAGGAUGAAGAUGAAGAGGAAGACAAUGAUGAGAAAUGGAAAGAAGAAAAUAAAAAUAAUAAUAAAAUUGAAAAUAAUAAUAAUAAAAAUAAUAAUAAUAAAAAUAAUAAUAAUAAAAAUAAUAAUAAUAAAAUUGAGAAUAAUAAUAAUAAAAAUAAUAAUAGUAGUAGUAAUAUUUUUAAUAAAAAUUAUGAUAUUUAUGAUAAUGGAGAUAUUUAUAAUGAUGACAAUCUUGUGGAUAUUACACAAGAAGAAAAUACAAACGCCCUUAAUAUAAACGAUGAAAUUAAUGAAGGAGGUAAACAUGAUAAGGAAGCCUUUUUAAUAUUUGAGAAAAAAUUAAAUGAAUUUGAAGAUAGAAAUGAUUCGAUUGAUGGGGAUAAUAAAAUGGAAGAUUUAAUAAAUAACCAUUUUCAUGAUUCAGGUGAUAAUGGAUCGUAUGAAAAUAUUCAAGUAAAAAAAGAAUUAUAUAAUAAAAAUGAAAAGAUAAUAAAAGGGAGAGAUAAUAAUCUGAAUGAUGGAGAUAUUCCUAUGAAUAAAAAUAAUACAAGUAAUAAAUUUAAUAAUAAUAAUAAUAAUAUGAAUAAUGAGAUGAAAUAUAAAACAUUUAAAGAAGAGUACGAAGAACAAAUAUUAAGUAAACCAGAAUCCAUAAAAUAUUUUUUUGAAGUAAUAACGGAAAUAUUAAUAGUAAUAAGAUUAGGUUUAAUAUAUAGAUAUACCAACUUUUUAAUACCUUUUAAGAAUUUUCUUAUUUCAAGAACUUUAGAAAAUGUCGAAAUGGUAUGUGUUACAUUUUUAUCUAUACAUAAAUUUGGUAGAGAAAAAUAUCCUGAUAUAUAUGGCUUUUUUUUGAUAAUCUUAAUUUUGUAUAUAUUAAAAUAUGUAUUUAAAAAAAUGAUAUAUAAAUUAUAUUAUAAUAAAUAUGGUAUGGGGAAGAAAUAUUCUUUGAAAAAUCAAGAAAGUGAAAAUAUGUACAUGGAGAAUUUAUUAAAAAGGAUCUUAUAUAAUGUCGAAAAAAAGAAGGUCUUAUCUAAUUAUGAGAGUAUAUUACAAGAUAUAUUAGAAAACACAGAUAACUUAUUAGUAAACAGUAAUAUAAUAAAUAAAGAAAAUAAAAAUAUUUAUACAGAUAUGAUAUCGAAUAUUAAUAAUAUAGGAGUCUUUACAUAUAUAUCUACACAAGCAUUAAAAAAAAUUAAUCAUAAAUCGGAUCUAAUAAUUAACGAAUUAACAACCAAUGGUUUUAUUGAUGAAGAUACAAGUAACAAAAUGGAUAAACUCAAAAAAUUCUCUUCUAUAAAUGAAUAUCCUUAUGUAGAUAUUAAAAAGUUUAAAGAUAAUCUCGUCAACGAAUAUGAUGAACACUUUAUAUUAAAUGAUAAAAUGAGGUACAGUGGUUUUCAUAGUAUGGAAAAUGACAAGAGUCCUCCGAAUAAUAAGUAUAACAUGGAUAGUUAUAAUAUGGAUAGUUACAAUAUGGAUAGUUAUAACAUGGAUAUUAAUAACAUGGAUAUUAAUAACAUGGAUAUUAAUAACAUGGAUAUUAAUAACAUGGAUAUUAAUAACAUGGAUAUUAACAACAUGGAUAUUAACAACAUGGAUAAUAAUAACAUGGAUAUUAAUAAGAUUGAUAAUAAUAACAUGGAUAUUAAUAAGAUUGAUAAUAAUAACAUGGAUAUUAAUAAGAUUGAUAAUAAUAACAUGGGUGUUCAUUUAAAUAUGAAUAACAAUUAUUUAUCUAAUAAAUAUAAGCACGAUUCUGCAUAUGAUGAAAAUAAGGUGCAGGAUCUUUUACAAAAAUCAAAAAAGCAAGAUUAUGGACAUGUAAAGAAUGCACUGAAAGAUGGAAAUCAAAUGAUUUAUAAUAACAUGGAUGCGAAUAAAAAAGAUGAUAAUUAUUUUAACAAAAUGAUGAGAGAUUCAGACUUAUCAAAUUAUAACGGAAGGAAAAGUAUAUAUUUCAAUGGAUCAUUAGAAGAUGACCUGAAAAAUAAUGAUUAUGAUAAUAAUAAAAAUUUUGAUUAUGCUAAUAAUAGCACAUAUAUUGUAGAAGGUAAAGAAAUUCAACAAGUUGAUAAGAAUAAGACAAACGAUAUGGAUGAAAAAAAAAAAGAUGAAUCCUUUAUUCAUUAUGACAAAAAAAAAAAAAUAAUAAAUAAUUUAAACCCCUUCUCCCCUUUAAAUGAUUAUAAUAAUAUUUCUAAUAAUAAAAAGAAUACUAUAAAUGAAGAACAAAAUAAUAAUAUAAAUGAUUCUGAUGUUAUAACAAACAUAGUAAAUUCUUAUAUAAAUAAACCACCUAGUAAUAUAAAUAGAUUUAGUCAAUCUUCUAUUUAUAAUACACAUAAUAAGGUAACCAACCCCUUAUUAAAUGAACAAAGAAAUGUAACAAAAGAAGGGACACAACGUAAAAACACUGAAGAAGCAUCUGUAAAUAAUAAAGUCGAAGAAAAUUAUUUGAGAAACAACGUUACUAACCAUGAUAUGGAAGAAAGCGUGGAGAACAAAUUGGAUGAAGACAAGUUAAAGAUGAGUACUCACAUGGUAAAUAAUAUAUUUGAAGGUACAAAGGAAUAUAUAAAAACAAAUGAAGAGAUGAAUAAUAUAAGUAAAGCAGGUGAUCCGUUUUUUCAUAAUCAAGAAGGGUCCUUUUCUUAUGCGCCACCCCCUUAUCAAGGUGUAGAGAACUCCAAUAAUAAAAACCAAAAGUAUCUGACCCAACGAAAGGAACGACAACAAAUUGUUGCUACUAAAUCUCCAUUUAAUUAA